GUCCUGUGUUGUUGUCUGACUCUGCUGUGACUGUGUGGUUUCUCCUGGUUGUCUGAGCUCACAGCAGAAGGGAUGCGGGCCUGCUUCGUCCCAGUAGUUGUUCUGUGGGUUGUCACAGCCUCACAAGGAAAAGUCGUCCCUUCCCCUCCAGACUUUGGGAGCAGCUACCACGUCAAAGGAGUGAUCUCUCUGCCCUAUGCCGAGAUCAAUGAGCCCUUUGAGGCCUGGAUAGAUCUUGCUGCAAAGUCCAGCCGCAUAGACUAUUAUCAUGGCCAAGUGUCCACAUACCAGCUGGCAGCCGAGGAGCCGUGGGGCGUUUCCUAUAAGAUCAGUCCUGAGACCACAGAGAUUGAACAGAAUGUGAUGAAGUGCUUUCUGGUCAACGGAACAAAGAAUGAAACUGUCACACCGCAGGCAUCGCUGCCUGAUGUGCAGGGCUUCCAGUUCCUGAGACGGGAGUAUUACGAAGGUUCCCUGUGUGAAGUCUGGCAGAAUGUGACCACUGUGGGUAACAAGAAGAACACCUACACACUGUGGGUGACCCGUUCAGAGACCGGCGCUGAUGGAAAAGAGCCCGCUACUCCUCUCCACUAUGAGAUGAUGGGAUACAACACACUGCUGGGGUCUCACUAUGAUAAAUACUUGGUGGACUACCAGGGGUUCAGUUCUCAUGUGGACCCCAAAGACUUCUCCCUGCCUGAAGGUAUGAGCUGUGGGGGAUUUCCUGGUCCAGGAGUGGAGCACCACAUGUUGGCCAAUCCAAUGAAAGAUCUCAUCCACACCUCGGCCUCCGGUCACUCACAGGGCAUGUUCAGCCAUUUCAAGGAGAAGUUUCAGCGUCAGUACAGCGAUGAAAGGGAACAUGAGAAGAGGGAGCAUGCUUUUGUUCAUAAUCUUCGGUUUGUCCACUCUAAGAACCGAGCUGGGCUGCCUUUCUCUGUGGCUCUGAACUCUUUCUCAGAUCGCACCAUGUCAGAACUAGCCACCAUGAGAGGAAGGAGGAACGGAAAGACUCCAAACAGAGGUCUCCGCUUCGCCUCCGAGAUUUAUGAAGGGGUGAAAGUGCCCGAAUCACAUGACUGGAGGCUUUAUGGUGCUGUGACCCCAGUGAAGGACCAGGCCAUCUGUGGCUCCUGCUGGAGCUUUGCCACUACUGGAACAGUAGAGGGCGCUCUCUUCCUAAAGACUGGCUCCCUGCAGGUUCUCUCUCAGCAGAUGCUGGUGGACUGUUCCUGGGGUUUUGGCAAUAACGGCUGUGAUGGAGGGGAGGAGUGGAGAGCAUACGAGUGGAUCAUGAAACACGGAGGCAUCGCUACAACAGAGACUUACGGAGCCUAUAUGGGAAUGAACGGAUUUUGUCACUUGAACGCCUCACAGCUUACUGCACAUAUCAAGAGCUACACCAAUGUGACAUCAGGGGAUGCGGAGGCCCUUAAGCUGGCCCUCUAUAAAAACGGGCCGGUGGCUGUUAGUAUUGACGCAGCACAUCGAUCAUUUGUUUUCUACAGCCAUGGCGUCUACUACGAACCUGCUUGUGGUAACACUACUGAUGAUCUGGACCAUGCUGUGCUUGCAGUGGGUUAUGGGACUCUGAGCGGUGAGCCGUACUGGUUAAUAAAGAACUCAUGGUCCACAUACUGGGGCAACGACGGCUACAUCCUCAUGUCUAUGAAGGAUAACAACUGUGGUGUCAGCACUGAUGCUACAUUUGUAACUCUGGUGUAGAUGUGUCCUCUCUGCAUUAAUCUGUAUGUUAAAGCCACUAUUUGAGUGCCUGGGGACGGUUGACGUCUAAUUUGGACAUGUUGAUAUCAUUAUUGCAUCAGAUUGAGCUGCUUGAUAAUGUUAAUGUUGAAUGGGGAUGGAGACCCUGUUCAGACCUGGGUUUUUGACAUCUGCCCUGAGUGAUCCGAUCAUAAGAGGUCAGCCGUAAGUUCAGUUUUGAAUGCACACAAAAUUGUCGUGAGGUGCGAUCACUCAAAUCCACCCUGGGCCCCAUAAGACGAACCACUAACCCCUCUGACGUCUCUGACCAGCUUUAGUUUCACAAUGAAUCAAAAGUAUUUUUACGCUUCAGUGUUGUUUAUUUGUUUUUACCCAUUGCCACAAAAUGAUAGAUACUUUUCUCUCUCUCAUAUUUGAAUGCCAGAUGUGAACAGAGGAAUUGAAUGCUCUCCACUUGUGAUCGUAUCUCUCAGAUGUUAACACCAAGUCUGAACUGAACUGAGUGAACUGAAAUGCUGUAGAAUUUGCACAAAGACAAACAGUUUGCUUUUUUAAACAUUUGUUUUUGACAAGUUUAUUGCUGACAGCUCACAGGCACUGUGCCUUCAUUUUAGGUGUACAAAGUACAUCUUUAUCACAAAGUUCCUUUUGUUGUUCAUAAUUGUUUUAUAAUUUUCAUUGUUGCAAAUGUAUCAAGCAGAAAUGAAUACAAUAAAAAUAAAAACUGGAGAAUCAUUCCA